CUCAACUAUGCAGCAUAUUAACUCAAUUGGCAUGACACAAGGUUUGACCGUCAAUUUGGAUGGUCAACACCGUUGACUGAUAGUCAACACGCCAUGUCAUUGCCUCGUCAGCCUAAAAUUAUUAAAUAAUCAACUUUAAAUUGUCACUACAAACGGUAAGAGGCGAGAAGUUCGUCAUGAGAACAUUAUUUUAAUAGAGAAUCCCUAACUGUUUGAGCAUUAAGAGUGUAUCAUUAUAGAGAAUCUAGUUGAUUCAUUGAUAAAAAGAAUUAACUUAGGAUUAUAAGAAAUUUAGCUGAAGCAUUAACUUUGAAGUGUUGUGAAUUGUGAGAACAAUAGAAAAGCGAAAAAGAUAGAUGAAUAAAAAAAACAGAUGGAAGAGAGAUUGCGGGCCUAAGCUGAAACGUUAUAUCAUAUAUGACUUUCACUUGUUUUGAUGCCUCGUCGUAAAAAUCAGGAAACCCGUCUUUGUCUGGGCCUCGGCUUACUGUUAUUUCAACAACUGGAUCUGGGCUCAACCGCCAACUGGACCGUGGUGCUAACAUGACAACCGCCAAGUUAGCAUACUUCUUCUUAAUUUGGUAAGCAAGCCCGCUCAAUUAAAAUAGGACAACUUCUUUCCAAGAUCAUUUUCUUGAUAUUUUUUUCCUUUUUAAUAUUAUAAUAAUAAAAUAACAUAAUGAAAGAGAGGGAGAUAACAUCAUCUAAAAAAAAUAAAGGGAUAACAGCCGAAGGAAAAAAAAAAAAAAAAAAAAAACCCCAUCUCUCUCGCCUCUCUCUAUCGUGGUGAGUGGGGGCGCAUUGUUCGCCGCCGUGCGACUUGCCGGUAACGGCCACGCCGCCAUCGUGCCCCGCCGGAUUAGGCCUGAGGCGCAGAUGGAGGCUUUAAAAUCCCUUCGUUGGGCUAUGCGAUUCCAUUCGCCCCAUUGGAUUUCCUCCCUCUCGUCAUUUCUUCUCCUUGCUCAGUUGCCGAACCCUAAAUUGGUUUUGCCCAGUAUGGCGGCUCUCAAUCCGGUGUUGUUUGGAGACGAUGAUGUCAUGGCUGGAGUUGAGCGCAGCGACCUGUCUCUCCUGGGCAGGAUCGUUGGGCCUUCGCCCCCCAUCCGCCAUCUCCAGACCACCCUUGGUCGACUGUGGCGGUGUCUCGGGACGCUUUCCAUCCUCCCAGCGCAGGAGGGGCUGCUGCAAUUUGUCUUUCCGACGGAGGCUGCUAUGAACGGAGUUUUGCGUGAGGCCCCCUGGUUCCUCCCCAAAUUCCUUGUCAACCUCGCUCCCUGGGUGGCGGUUACCCCUGAAGUGGCGGAGCAGCUUUGGCGCGUCCCUCUCCAGCUUCAGUUUUGGGAUAUUCCCCCCUCCUGCUGCACUCGAAAAGUGGGUACUUUGCUAGGCCUUGCCCUUGGCAGGUGCGAACCAACGGCAGUCCACAGGGAGGUAGUAACCGGUGAGCUGUACAUACACGCCAAAGUUUGGUUGGAUGCCAGAUCUCCGCUCCCGGUGUCAGUGCCUGCCUCACAUGAGAAAUCCAGUAAAGGAAGCUUCACGGCCACUGUCAAAUACAAAAGGCUCUCUCAAUUCUGCUUUCUGUGUGGGAUUCUUGGUCAUGUCGGCCAACGCUGCCCUCGACGGGAGGAACUCGCUGGUACGGUUACCCCGUACAGUAAAGAUCUGGUGUCGACGAGGUCAGGGCCAAAGGUGAACGAGCGCUCGUUAUUGAGCCGCAAGCAGUUCACUUGGGUUCGACAAGCUCGCGAAGGGACAGAGAAGAGCCUAGGCCAGCCUAGUCGAAGCCGUCCAUUGCCUUUGCCGCAAUCAACUGCUGCUGCCUCCCCUGCAGUGGGGGCUGCUCCUCUGUUUUUGCCGGCUGAACCAUCUCCGCUCGAGGCAGAGGCACAGUUGCAAGGGGGAGGUCAUGAUCCCCAUCAGCCUGCUUCUCUGGUGCGCUCCAGGCCUAUGCUGGAUGGUGCGGCGGACGUGUCUAUGGCAUUGAAGAAAGCUCGGGUGGACUUGAUGGACACCUCUGGUGACAAAGAGAAUGACUCAGUGGUGGAGGAACCCAGCCCAAACUGGUCCCAGCAGCCGCGAUGAGCAUGGUGGUGUGGAAUUGUCGGGGUUUGGGGUCCCCCCUGACGAUUCCCUCGUUGUUUGGGGCCGUUUGCCGCUUCUCCCCGUCGAUUGUCUUUCUAAGUGAGACUAAGCAUGAUGAUGAUUUUGUACAUAAGAAGCUUAGGCGUCUAGGAUUUCCAUUUACUCAUUGUGUUUCUCCUAUUGGUAGAGCAGGUGGUUUAGCUCUUGCGUGUUCUUCUUCCGUUGAUUGUCGAAUAUUAGGACAGGCUGGAUUCUUCUUGUUUGUAGAAUGCCAGCAUGUAGUUUGGGGUACAUUGGGCAUCUUGUUUGUUCAU